AUGGACGUGUCUACUGAAAAAACUGUAUAUCUCCCUUUCACCCGCAAGCGUCGCGGCAACAUCAAGCUUACCUUGCAAGGAGAACCCAUCAAGCGAGUAACUACACACAGAUUCCUCGGUGUUCACAUUAACAGAAUGAUGUCCUGGACAAACGAGGUUAAGCGCCUGAACAACAAAUGCAACGCUUACAUGAACUUAAUGAAGUAUCUCGGAGGCUACCGUUGGGGAAACACGCAAACAUUGGCAGCUUUGCAUAAUUCUUUGAUCAGGCAAAGUAUACACUACAGCCUCCCCGUCAUACAGAACCUCUCGGCGAAGCAGGAACACACCCUAGAAGCUAUCUACGCUCGCAGUGCAAGAAUAGUCCUCGGAGUUCCGAAAGCAGUGCGGUCACAGUUGGUACUUGUCGAGGCAAAAGAACCUCCACUCGAAGCACAUCGGAAAAGAGAAACCCGACGCCAUCUGAUCCGAAUCAUCACCAGGCACACUCAGCACCACUUGGUUAAAAAAAUACAAGAUCGCAAAAAAUCUACAUUGCAUCGGCACCUUGGAGUUAUACACAAGUUUCUUCCAAAAUGCAGAAAACAUACCCUUACUCGUGAAAAGGCACCGUGGCUUCUGCCGACGAUGGCCAUCAGGACUGAAAUCCCAGGUAUUAAAAGGAAAGCUGACCUCCCACCCGUGGCGCUAAAGCAACUUGCACUGAGCUAUCUGGAAGAAGCCCACCCGUCAGCAAAGAAGAUUUUUACGGAUGGUUCUACUACGGCACUCGGCUCAACCAGCGCAGUUUAUGGGGAAGACAUUUCAAAAAGCUACAAGCUGUCACAUACGACAUCAUCCACAGCAGCAGAACUGCAUGGAAUAUUGAAAGCUCUCACCCAUAUCAAGACAUGCGAAAUCGGCUCCUGGAUUAUUUGUAGUGACUCCAAGGCUGCUCUACAGGGACUAUGUCUACCGGACAUGACAAAUUUGCUCCACUACAAGAUUCACACUGAUCACUCAGAUGUAAUCGAAAGAGGACACCAUGUCGAACUACAAUGGGUACCAGCCCACUGUGGUAUCGACGGAAAUGAACUAGCUGACAAGUUGGCAAAAGAGGCCCUGUCUCAUCAGAAACGAUCACCUAUCCCGUUCACUAAAGGAGAUGCAGUAAACCUGCUCAACAGCAAAACUAAAGUAUACGCGAAGAAACUCUGGCUGAAAACACUGCGAUCAGAAGAUUACAUCAAACACAUUGAUCCAGAGCUCAAGUAUUCCAUACCUCUCAACAUAAAACGGGAAUACACCACAUUGAUUCACCGCAUACGUCUCGGAGUCCUGCCAACCAACUCAGUCCUCUUCAAGCAGGGCAAAGCAGACUCUCCUGACUGCUCAACGUGUAUGCUUCCCGAUACCACCCACCAUGUCAUCACUCAGUGCAAGAAGUUCUCCAAAGAACGUGAACAAUUAGACAAGGAACUAAGAAAGCUUAGUCACACGCCUCUCACCUUUGCCAAGAUAAUGGGCAAUUGGAAUACAAGCUCAGAUCGAAAAAUUGCACUCAGUGUGCUGUGUGACUUCCUCAAAGAAACGCAAAUCGUGCAGAAAUAUUAG